AUGUCAUAUGGUCGAACUAUACUGCGGACUGCCGUUGUUGUUGGGGCUUGGCUCCCAGUCUAUAUAACGGUCACUGAUAGCGUGGUGCAUGUUGCUCGGGUUGACGGUGCUUCUAUGCAACCGGCUUUGAAUCCCGGUUUGCAAAGCGAUUGGGUUUUGCUGUGGAAAUGGGGGGUACGCGGCAGUAUGCCUCCUCGACGUAACGAUGUGAUCCUGUUUCGAUCGCCAAUGGAUACCAGCAAAGUCUAUUGCAAACGAGUGAAGGGUAUCCAGUAUGAUACUAUAUCUACUAGAUCUCCUUAUCCCAAGGACACAGUUCAUGUGCCUAGAAACCACUUGUGGGUUGAAGGCGAUAACAUAACUAGGUCCAUUGAUAGUAACAAGUUUGGUCCUAUAUCUUCUGGAUUGGUUGUUGGAAAGGCAAUUUGUGUGAUAUGGCCACCGUCUAGAUGGAAUGCAGACUUGAAUAUCACUACUGGUAGGGAAUGUAUCCUACGAGCACCUAUGGAAGAUUGA